AUGGCAGCCUCUCGAUGUAUGGUGCGCGCCGCGAGCGUUCUCUCGUUACGAGCGUCGCGCGCGGAAAGAACGCGGAACGAGGGAAAAAAAGAGACGUUUGCCCCCCACCCUGCGGCUAACAAACCACUAAUGGAAAAACGGCGGCGAGCGAGGAUCAACCAAUCCCUGGCGGCGCUGAAAGCGCUUAUUCUCGACAGCGCCCGCCUGGAGAACACUAAGCAUAGCAAGCUCGAGAAAGCUGAUAUCUUGGAGCUUACGGUCAGGCACCUCCAGCGGCAAAGGUCGCUCGCUCAGCCCGGCCUGUCCAGGUACAAAGCCGGAUAUCAGGACUGCUCGAGGGAGGUGAGCCGCUACCUCGAUGCGCCGGACAUCAUCACGGGCAACACGACGCCGAUGGACCCGGCGGUGAAGCAGAGGUUGCUCCGCCACCUGGACAGCUGCGUGUCGGAGCUGGACUUGGACCUGGGCUCGCGGCCCGACAGCGGCCUAGGCAGCAGUCCGGGCAGCGUGACGGAUCGCGUGGCGGGCGCGACGAGUCCGGGUCCGCUGGACCACCACGUCGGCGGGCCGGUGGGUCCGCACUGCAGCACUGCGGCGGCGCUGACGCCGGCCGGCCUCAUCAAGUCCGAAAUGCCGGAGAUGGAGGCCGCCCGGCCGGACAGCAGCACCACCGCCGGCGACGAGAACAACAACAGCAGUCGGCCGACCUCCGCCUUCAGUCAGGUGAACCCGGCGACCUUGGACCCACACCAUCCGCACCAUCCGGCGGGCCUGCCGGUCGACCACCAGGCUUCCACGUCGCAGCAGAACCCGAAUAUGCUGUCGGUGGUGCAGGUGAUACCGUCCCGGCUGCCGGACGGUCAGGUGGUCUUCCUGUUGCCGAGCCACUACGUGCAGUUGGCGGCGGCGGCCGCGGCGAACGGCAUCAGCAUCGGGCCGAACCCACCGACGGCGAUCUGGGCGGCGACCAACAUGUCGCUGCUCAAGGCCACCGACAAGCUGGCGAAGCGACCGCACGAGGACCUCGCGCAGGAGUGGGGCCAAGAGCCCAGCGGGCUGAAGCCGAGCAAGAGCCCGAGGAUGGAGCAGCCGGAACAGCCGUUGGACUUCACCACCACCUCGAAGAAGAUGAAGACCGGCUCGAGAAGCGGGUCGCAUCCCGCCGAUCAGCAGCACCACCAUCAUCAUCUGCGGCAGCAGCAGCAGGCUCGUCUGCCGAGCACCACCGAGGCCGGCGGAGCCGUGGUUCACGAAGACCGGCCGUCUAGUCACGCGGGCAGCGAGGUCGCCGUCGGCAUGCCGUCCCCGUCGCCCGUCGGCCAACAGCCCGUCAAGGACGAGGAGGGCAUGUGGAGGCCCUGGUAAACCGAGCGGUUUCGCACCCCUUCCUCUCGCGCGUGUCUUUGUAAAUAGGAUCUCUCGUGGGGCGCGCGCGAAACCGGGAGCCGCGACCGUGAGGAAGGGAGAACCAGUCUUCGCGUUUCGCCGAGAGCAGGAUCACGUGUACACACAUACUUCUUGCGUACCCGAGGUAAAGCGCGGACGUUUCAGUUCCGUGGUGAGCUCCGCGGAAAUUCUCGUUAUUCUGCGAAAUCUUUUAUGCAUGUACAGGAUUUCUUUGUCGUAGAAAUGGUAGAUGUACGAUAAUGUCUUGUUGUCUAAUUUCGGACAACGUACGCGUCCACGCGUCUGAGGCGACCUUAAAUCCCACUGGGGUAUCGUUUUUUUUCAAUGCGGGAGACGCCGUUUUUUCCUUCUUAGUUUGGAAUUGGAACUGUUUGCGCGCGAUCGCAGAGACGAGGACGAAUAAUCGCACCUGUUUCCGUACGGAGGGGAAAGAAUUGGUCGAACUGACGUGAACGAAGCCAAGGGAGGCAGCGGAAUUUCUAGUUCUUAAACCCUACUUUGGCAUUCAUGGGUCAAAUUGACCCGGGCGCAAAUUUUAAGAUACCGUACUUGUGGAAUCUUGAAUUGUUGCAAUAUGAAUAUAGAAUUCUUUUCUUAAAGCGUGCAAAAUAUGUUAUGUUUUCUUCUAUAAAAGCAAUAAAAGAGAUUAAUUAGUAAAAAUCAUGUGUUUAAAAAGUUAUGAUUAUGACAAUUUUAAAUUAAAAUAAAUUAUUUUAACUUAAUUUUAAAUCGGUGAGGAAAUUAAUUAAUUAAUCAAUUAAUUAAAAUUAUCUAUUUUAAUUUUCCGUUAGUCGCAGUAUCUGAUAGAUACACCUGUGAAUUUGUUCUUCAUUGUUUUUUUAUUUAUUUUAGUGUUUGGUCUGUUAGCCAAGUGCUAAUGAAAGAAAAAUUGUUUCGGGAAGCCGAGAAAAAUAACGGAAAAAUUAGUAUAUUUGCGAGACGCAUUGUAAUCAUUCAUAGGUAAAAGAUAUUGCGACUAACGGAGGGUUAAAAAUUAUGAUUACGACACAUUUUUCAAAUUUGCCUUUUAUGCACUCAAAACUAUAACAUCUGUACUAUAACAUUUGAAUGAGUAUAUUUAUAGAUCCUUACGUAAGGGCAGGUCGAAUAGGUUUUUAGGCCUUUCGUAGAUUCGGUAUGCCAGAACAACAAAAAUUAAAUCAACGAAGAAUUGAGACGGAAUCUGAUUCAUAAAGCUGAGUGCACACUGAGCGAGCGAACGAGGAACGAGCAGCGAAUGCACACCUUCGUUGUUACGAUUUGGAAAAUGUGUAUGGUCAGUCACGAAAAGGUUGCAACACUCUCCUUCUCCGAAGAGCUUCGUAACUCUUAUUCAACGGGAAAAUGUAUCUCCCGAUAAUAACGGGGAACAGAUUCUCUUAUUGAAUACAGGACGCGUUCCGAAUCUUACAAAAAGGAAUGUUGCGACUCUUCGUGACUGACUGACGCGCCGUAACGAACGGAACGUUUCGAGGACCGAUUUGCUCUCACAAGGUGGUCCAUCCGAGCAAGUUCGUGCGCUUGAAACGCGCGAAUGCACACAUUCAUAUUAUACAUUCGCCGUUCGUUCGUCCAGUGUAUAUUGUUUUCUCCAGUCGGGACGUUUGACGUUAUUUCGUCCCCAUCGUCACAUUAAUUCGACCAAUCAUUUUUCCCCGUGUGUAUUCUAUAUUCAAACGCGCAUGCGUGCUCGCAUUCGUCUUUCUCUCUCUCUCUCUCCCUCCCUCCCUCCCCCAUUCCUUUCUUCCUCUCGAUCACUCUCGGCCAAUUCGCGAGAAAAACGUGUCGACGGAAUCGCGCACGUCCGAAAAGUUCUUCAAUUAGCGCAAUAAAAUUCUCGAAGGGGGAUAUAGGUGAGGUAAUUAUAUCGCGAUAUUCACGAGCGUUAUUUACGGGAAUCGGCCACGAUGACAUGAUCCCCCCUCUUCUGCGAUAAUACAAUCGCCGAAAUGAAAUUGCGCACAAUCGGCGAAUUUUCAUAAGCACAGGAAAUUAAACACGGUUGCGGGUGAUACCGAGAGAGAAAGAGAGAGAGAGAGAGAGAGAGUGGGGGAAUGCUAAUUGGUGGGAAUUGAAAUUAUCCUUUCACGGGGCUGCAAGGUCGACGAAUUUUACGGACAUCGGGAGAGUAUCUCGCUCUGUACAUUAUCCGGCCGAUUCUGAAUUUCCAAUUCGAUUCGCGCUUGCGAGAUCGGGAAACCUAACCACGAGCGACUUGUUUUUUUUCUCUUUUUUCCCUUCUUCCUCGCGCGGAAACGAGUACACGGAAAAGGCGUAUGCACAUUCCCGCCUAAUAACGCCGGCGCGCGUGCCGUUUCUUGCGACAGCGCCGCUAACGAAGGCUUUAAUUCGCAUCAGCGUGCCCAAAAUUGGAUGUGCAAAUUUUCGCGAAAGCGCCGCGCGUUAACAAUUCAAUGCGUUCGUUUUGUCUUGUGGCGAGAUUUUUUUUUUUUUUUAUAUCUUUUUCUUGCGUCGAGCGUUAGCGCGCGUCGUCGUCGUGGCGAUAAUUUCGCGAUAGCGCGAGUGUAACGAUGAAAAAAUGCGGCGUGGCGCGGAAUAUUUAAAACCCUUCGUGGUGUCUAAUCUUUAAAUAUGACGCAUAGUUUUCCUUUCGCUUUCACUCCGAGAGAGAGAGAGAGAGAGAGAGAGAGAGAGAGGUACGUUUGCACCUCUCGAUAAUCUGUUUUCGAAAGCGAAGUGCAGUGAAAAUAUUAAUCUCUUGUGGAUACAUUAGCAUUAGCGCGCUUUGUUGAACGGAGUCGGUCCUCUUUUUUUCUUUUCUUCUUGAGAAAUGAUUUCGUUCGAUAGGCAGUUUUAGUGGCGAAUGUGACCCGCACGGUAGAAGAAAAAAGAAACGAUGCGUUUGCGUCGGAGGAAACGCAAGUUUCCAGUUUACAACUAAAUUUGACUUUCAGGAACGGAAAUUCUGUUUCCUUCAUCCAAAACGCGCAAUCCGGUUUUGCUCAUCCUUACACAUUGAUUCAACCGACCUUUCUUCCCCGUGCAGAUGUCUCAGUAUAUUCCAUUGUUUCGACCGAUGAUCGUCAGCCUACAGCUGUUCCCAAGUUAGUUUCUUCUUACUCCGGAGGAGAAGAAAGAAAGAAAGAAAGAGAGAGAGAGAAAGAGAGCAUAAAGAAUGAAGAACAGACUGGACGACGCGCGUUUCGCGCGGGCGUGAAAUCCAAAGUAGGGAACGAGUGCGAGCAAGAUUGUAAAAAAAAAUAUACGCCUAAUCAAUUUUCGAUUUUCCCCGAGAAAACGAGGAAAAGAAGGAGGAGGAGGGGGAGGAGAAGGAUAAGGAUAAGAUGGCUGCCGCCCUUCUCGGUCGAAGUCGGUCGCGCGACUUUUUCGCAAUCACGCGAACAGCGGAGGUCGGUCUGACGUAGUCGCGCGUGAAAAACGCGCCACAAGAUAACUGUAUGUAUGUAAAUGACGGAGUGAUUAGUUUACGAUUACCGGGAUGGAGGAAGAGGGAGAGAACGCGAGAGAGUGUGUCAAAAAGAGAGCGUGAAUGCGUGCGUUUUAGUCCGCCAUUCGUGUACAUAGCCCCCCACCACCACCACCACACACACACACACCCCGAUCGAAACUAUUGCUAUUUACGAGAUAUAGAUUUAUUUUGAUGUUAUCUAGGUGUAUACGGCGAGACAGAGAGAGAGAGAGAGAGAGAGAGAGUGUGUGUGUGUGAAAGAGAGAGAAAGAGAGCAACGAGAGUGUGUGCGUAGCGAGCGUGUCGUGCGUGCGAUUAUUAAUAUAAUCGCACACCAGCGUAGCGAGGAGUCACCAUCUCACCACCUAAUUUACGUCUGUAAUUGCUAAAUAUCCUGGAAUUCGAAUUCCUUAUUCAAUGUACUUAGACGCGCAGUCAAUAUAGUCAUAUAUAUUGAACUGUA